GCUGGUAAACAAACAAUAUGGCGGACGCGGACCCCGCGAGCUCGGCCUGAGAAUUCUAGGCCUUCUUUCUGUGACUAAGAGACGGGAAUAGAAUCGAGCGGUGGAAAGAUGAAGCGCAUGUCGACUCUUACCUCUGAGAGACGGAACGACCUACACCUGACGUCCACGGGCGUUGCCUUGGCAAGGCGUCAUAGCGAGCCUCUCGACACUCUGCUGCUGACCAAGCCUCUCCACUCCUCUCUCCCUCUUCCUCCCCUCCUCUCCCCGCCUGCAACCAACAACAUCUACCAGACAACCACCGCUACUGCCUACGACAAGAAAGACUUAACCCCUUCCCCACUGUACAAGAAGGCUCCUGGUCACUGGAGGGUUAAUUACACACUUGAAGCCAUCAAUAGGAUGAGUUCAAAACCAUGGCGACGACCCCUGACAAUGUCCAAUCAGAUGUCGGAGACGAGGGCUCAGUUCUCCGGGCAACCGGAGCUGAUUAGCAGGGUCCUCCCCGACAACGAUCCCCAGCCACCAUCACUGAGGGACCACUUCAUUGACGGUGUUACGAAGGAGUUGGUGCCGUCGACCACGGUCAAGAGAAGGGUAGGGCAGGAGUUGUCUGCAACAACCGGAGGUGUGCUGAGCUACAACCAGCCUUACCUCACUACCAACAACAGGUUUCACAGAAGAUAUUCAGCUCCAGAGCAGCUCGGAUAUGCCCGUAAAGAUGUAGCAACAUACUGGCUAUGCGAAGACUACCCAAAGGCCUGGGGCCACGGUACAAAGGUCAAUCCCCUGACCACACCCACCUGCAGAUCGGAACGAGGACCGAUGAGGGAUCGGACCGUGUUCCGUACUGGUACCAAUGUCGUGAUACUGCCUUCGUCGCUAAAGCCCCUUUCUCAAGCAAACAAAACAGUCUACGGUGACGUAUACAGAGGUUUUGAAGAAGAGGAGAGAAAGACCCUAUUUCACUGCCCAGUCCAGCCACAAGAGAAGUUUACGACAGCUAACUGGUCCAGUUAGCUCCCCAGACACUGCCACUGGCAACGUGACAUAUGGACGGACACUGGUAGACUGCAAAACUGUUUGAUCCAAUGUAAUGUCAACCUUUUUAUACGGUUCGUUGAAAUUUUCGUUGUUGUUCAAAUUUCGCGCCGUGCGCACGCGCGCGCGCAAACACGUAGUGGUCUUUUGCGCAUGCGUGUAAUCGACUGGGCGUGUUU